UAUGUCUGAAAUAUCCGAUAAGGUUUAAGCAAAUAAUCUGAGAUGACAAAGUCACAUAAACUAAAAUCCAAAGUCAACUCCAGUCAAUAGCAACAUCACCUUCUUUCAUUACUAAAAAUAAAUAAAUACCCACUUGUAAUUCUGAUUUCAUCGCUACAUGUGAUGUUACUCUCCUUUGUUUCAUUCUCUAACUUAUCUUUUGUUUAGUUUUGCUGAUCUGUGUCGUGCAGUCUCUGGCGAGGUUACCAAAGACUCCGUGGUGCCCAACAACAACGUUUGAUACAUCAAGAGACACAUAACAUAACAGAAUACUCAAAACAUUCUCCAUUUCUAAUCAAGAAAACAAUCAGAAAUGUUACCUCAAACAUUAGCCAUCCCUGCAUUACUCUUUGUGGUAUUCAUAUUUAUUCUAUCUGCUGUUGUGUUGCAAUCAAAACAAAAUGAGAAAUAUCCACCUGGUCCCAAGACCCUGCCAAUUAUUGGCAACCUCCACAUGCUAGGGAAACUACCACACCGCACCCUUCAAUCCCUUGCAAAACAGUAUGGACCUAUAAUGUCCUUAAAGCUAGGACAGGUCACAACCAUUGUGAUUUCCUCCCCUGAAACUGCUGAACUAUUCCUCAAGACCCAUGACACUACUUUUGCUAGCAGACCUAAGUCUAUCUCAUCCAAAUACAUUUCUUAUGGUGGCAAGGGCUUAGUGUUUUCUGAGUAUGGUCCCUACUGGCGCAACAUGAGGAAACUUUGCACAGUACAACUUCUGAUUGCAUCCAAAGUUGAGAUGUUUUCUCCUUUGAGGAGUCAGCAGUUGCAAGAAUUGGUUAAGUGUCUCCGGAAAACAGCAUCAUCACGUGAGGUUGUGGAUCUCAGCGAUAUGGUGGGGGAUCUCAUUGAGAAUAUCAACUUUCAAAUGAUAUUUGGCUGCAGUAAGGACGAUAGAUUUGAUGUAAAGAACCUUGCUCAUGAAAUAGUGAACUUGGCAGGAACUUUCAAUGUUGCAGAUUACAUGCCUUGGCUACGCGUGUUUGAUCUUCAGGAACUAGUAAGGCGAUUAAAGAAAGUAAGUAAAUCAUUUGACGAAGUCUUGGAGCAGAUUAUCAAAGACCAUGAACAAUCUUCUGAUAACAAACAGAAAAGCCAACGCCAGAAGGACUUUGUGGACAUAUUCCUAGCACUUAUGCAUCAACCCCUGGAUCCUCAGGACGAACAUGGUCAUGUCCUUGAUAGAACAAAUAUGAAAGCUAUUAUGAUGACUAUGAUUGUCGCAGCAAUUGACACAUCUGCUACAGCGAUAGAAUGGGCUAUGUCAGAACUCCUAAAGCAUCCAAGGGUGAUGAAGAAACUUCAAGAUGAGUUGGAAAGUGUAGUGGGGAUGAAUAGAAAGGUGGAGGAGAGUGAUAUGGAAAAAUUGCCUUAUUUGGACUUAGUGGUGAAGGAAACACUAAGAUUGUACCCGGUUGCACCUUUGCUAGUACCUCGUGAGUGUAGAGAAGAAAUUACUAUUGAUGGUUAUUGCAUAAAGGAAAGGUCAAGGAUCAUAGUAAAUGCAUGGGCAAUAGGGAGAGAUCCUAAGGUUUGGUCAGAUAAUGCUGAGGUGUUUUAUCCUGAGAGAUUUGCCAAUAGCAAUGUGGACAUGAGGGGAUAUGACUUUAGACUUUUACCGUUUGGUUCUGGUCGUAGAGGCUGCCCUGGGAUUCAUUUGGGUCUAACUACUGUUAAGAUUGUUCUAGCUCAAUUAGUGCACUGCUUCAAUUGGGAACUUCCAUUAGGCAUGUCCCCAGAUGACUUGGACAUGACUGAGAAAUUUGGCCUCACAAUUCCAAGAAGUAAUCACUUGCUAGCUGUGCCAACUUACCGGCUAGCUGGUCCUCCGGGACCGCCACGGUUACCGAUCAUCGGAAACCUCCACAUGGUAGGAGGAGCAGGAACACUCCCACACCGUUCCCUCCAGUCCCUCUCCAAACGUUACGGUCCUAUAAUGUCUUUACAACUAGGAAACGUUCCAACCGUCGUCGUUUCGUCUCCGGAAGCCGCGGAAUUGUUCCUCAAGACCCACGACACGGUGUUCGCGAACAGGCCCAAGUUCGAAACGGCCCAAUACACGUACGGCGCAGAGAGCGUGGCGUUUGCGGAGUACGGCCCGUACUGGCGCAACGUGAGGAAGGUGUGCACCACGCACCUUCUGAGCGCGUCGAAAGUAGAGUCGUUUGAUGGUUUGAGAAAGAGGGAGAUUGGGGCGAUGGUGGAGUCGCUAAAGGAAGCAGCAAUGGCGCGUGAAGUGGUGGACGUUAGUGAGAGAGUGGGGGAAGUGUUGAGGGAUAUGGCAUGCAAGAUGGUGUUGGGACGCAACAAGGAUGAUAGGUUUGACUUGAAGGGUAUUCUUGUGGAGACUAUGAGUGUUUCGGGAGCUUUCAAUUUGGCUGAUUAUGUGCCUUGGCUUCGACUCUUUGAUCUUCAGGGAUUAACACGACGCUCAAAGAAAAUCAGUAAAUCACUUGACAAAAUGCUAGAUGAGAUGAUUGAGGAGCAUCAACUUGCUCCUCCAGCACAAGGGCACCUUAAGGAUUUCAUUGACAUAUUACUUUCCUUAAAGGACCAACCAAUACAUCCCCACGAUAAACAUGCACCUAUAAUCGAUAAAAGGAGCAUCAAGGGCAUUGUGUUUGAUAUGAUAAUCGGUGCAUCCGAAACGUCUAGUAAUGUGAUUGAAUGGGCCAUUUCAGAACUUGUGCGGCAUCCAAGAGUGAUGGAAAAUCUUCAAAACGAGCUAAAAGAUGUAGUUGGAAUAAACAAAAUGGUGGACGAGAAUGAUUUAGCAAAAUUAAGCUAUUUAGAUAUGGUUGUGAAGGAGACCCUAAGGCUACACCCUGUUGUGCCCCUACUAGCCCCUCAUGAAUCCAUGGAAGAUAUUGUGAUUGAAGGUUACUACAUCAAGAAGAAGUCACGAGUUAUAAUAAAUGCAUGGGCUAUAGGGAGAGACCCUAAAGUGUGGUCUGAAAAUGCUGAAGUGUUCUAUCCAGAAAGAUUUAUGAAUAGCAAUAUCGAUUUUAAGGGACAAGACUUUCAACUUAUACCAUUUGGGUCUGGUCGUAGAAGCUGCCCAGGAAUUGUAAUGGGGUUGACCACAGUUAAGUUGGUUUUGACCCAAUUGGUUCACUGCUUCAAGUGGGAGCUACCUUGUGGCAUUGGUCCUGAUGAAUUGGAUAUGAAUGAGAAAUCUGGGCUAUCGAUGCCAAGGGCAAGGCAUUUGCUUGUGAUACCAACUUAUCGUCUACUACAUGAAACGUUGGGGAAUUAAUUUAUGUUGGAGGGUCUCUCGUAUCAGGCCUUUUGACCAAAAGGAAUAAAAAAAAAAUUGGAAUUUACCAAAAUGAGAAUAAUUUUUGAAUUAAUUUUUAAAUGGGAAUAAGUCAUAUUAAUGUUCAUAUUAUACAAACACUUUUGGGUAAAUUUCAAAAAAAAAAAUCCCAUUUUGGUCAAAAGGCCCUCAUAUCACAAUUAAAGUUAGAAGGGAAAAUGAUAAAGAAAUAGUAUAAGUGUUAAUUUGUAUGAUGAUUUCAACUUAUCACCUUAAUUACUCUUCAUAGUUUGUGGUUUGGAA